CCAGCAACUGCAGUGCACUCUACGUAGCGACGGUGCACGUUAGGGACUGUAGGUGCAAGCAAUCUAUCUUGCGCGCACAUUGAAUUUGUCCCAAAUCCAGAAAACCUAAUAACCUCCCAAUCCCCACAUCAAAUCUCACGCAUUCGCUCUCUGCUUGCCCCUUUUGGACUCCCGUCCUUCUGUGCAAUUGAAUUCAGAGUGCUUUUUGCUCGUGCUGUUCAAAUCUUACGAGGUUGACUACAUUCUCCAGAAGCUAUGGUGAUGUUUUGAAUACUUGAGUGGUAUAAUGAAGAAUGUGAAGGUACCCAAGUGGCUUGAACAGUUGCCUUUGGCGCCUGAAUUUCACCCGACCGACACAGAAUUUGCGGACCCAAUUGCUUACAUAUCCAAGAUAGAGAAAGAGGCGAGUGCUUUUGGUAUAUGCAAAGUAAUCCCGCCAUUGCCGAAGCCCUCAAAAAAGUAUAUACUUCGUAAUUUGAAUAGAUCACUCUCCAAGUGUCCCGAAUUGGGUUCUGAUGUAAAUCUUGUUAAUGUAGAUAGUGAUGUGAGGCAUAACUGUGAUAGGACCGUGAAUAAUGGGGAGAAUAGGGCUGUUUUCACCACAAGACAGCAAGAAUUAGGAUGUGAGAAGGGAAAGAAGGUAAAAGGGGCUGCUGAACCGCAAAAGCAAGUCUGGCAAAGUGGGGAGGUUUAUACUAUCGAGCAAUUUGAGGCUAAGUCAAAGAAUUUUGCUAGGAGUCAGCUGGGCACGGUUAAAGAUGUGAAUCCUUUAGUUAUAGAAGCUAUGUUCUGGAAAGCAGCGUCUGAAAAGCCCAUAUACGUGGAGUAUGCAAAUGAUGUGCCGGGCUCGGGAUUCGGUGAGCCAGAGGGUUCAUUGCGCUAUUUCGCCAGACGUAGGAGGAAAAGAAGGAAGAGGAAUUCAUUCGAUAGGAAUUUUGUAGGAAAAUCCGAUAGCAAGAAUGAUGGAGUAGAUGAAGUAAAUAGAACUAGAGAUGAUAGAGAUUCGGGCAGCCAGAAUUUUCCUAAUUUGAAUACAGUUGCAUCUUCAAAUUUAGUUCCUUCUUUUUGUGGCCGAAAGGAUUUUCAAGGUGGGGAUGAAAUGGAAGGUACGGCCGGCUGGAAGCUUUCGAACAGUCCUUGGAAUUUACAGGUGAUAGCUCGGUCUCCAGGUUCUUUGACCCGUUUCAUGCCUGAUGAUAUCCCUGGUGUUACAUCUCCAAUGGUUUAUAUUGGGAUGUUGUUCAGCUGGUUUGCAUGGCAUGUCGAGGACCAUGAGCUUCACAGCUUGAAUUUCCUUCACAUGGGCUCUCCAAAGACUUGGUAUUCAGUCCCUGGAGAUCAUGCUGUCAAUUUUGAGGAGGCCAUUCGCGUGCAUGCCUAUGGAGUUGAUGCUGACCGGAUGGUCGCUCUAUCUCUCUUGGGGGAAAAGACUACUGUGUUGUCUCCUGAGAUCAUUGUAUCAUCAGGCAUCCCGUGUUGCAGGUUGGUGCAGAAUCCUGGUGAAUUUGUGGUGACUUUUCCCAGAGCUUAUCACAUAGGAUUCAGCCAUGGUAGUGCUGAGGCAAAAAGCUACCAUGUUUAUGUGGCAAAAGGCAUGGCAGAUCCAAAUAAGUGUUUUAAUUGUGGGGAAGCUGCUAAUUUUGGAACACCACAAUGGCUUUCCAUAGCUAAGGAAGCUGCUGUUCGCAGAGCUGCCAUGAAUUAUCUCCCUAUGCUUUCUCAUCAACAGCUGUUGUACUUGCUGACAAUGUCUUUCAUUUCAAGAAUGCCAAGGUCCUUAUUGCCAGGGGUACGAAGCUCGCGUUUGAAAGAUCGUCAAAAGGAGGAAAGAGAACUGUUGGUAAAGAGAGCAUUUAUUGAGGAUAUCUUGCACGAAAAUCGUCUCUUGACCGUUCUUCUUCGAAGAAACUCCUCUUGUCGAGCAGUAUUAUGGGAUGUUGAAUCAAUGCCGUCAUCAGCUAAAGAGACUAAAGUCUACAUGGAGAAAGAUGCUGACUUAUUCGCAUCAGCAGGAAAAGUCUUUCCUGAAAAUGAUGAUAACUUACAUGAAGUCAGCCAGCUGGAUGAUUAUAUUGAUGCCAUUGGAUUUGAUCUUAAUGAUGAUGGUUUGCCGUACAAAUUUCAGAUAGAGUCUGGGACUUUACCUUGUGUAGCUUGUGGUAUUCUUGGUUUUCCAUUUAUGACUGUUUUGCAACCCUCUGAUAAAUCAUCAGUUGAUCUCCUUUCCAAUCUUGGAAAUGUUGUAGAGGGGUCUGCCAAAGAUGCUGCUGACAAAGCUAAGUUAAACAAGAAGGUUCUCCACCAUGUAAAUGCAGAUUCAUCAGUGGCAGAAACAAGUCAUUUUACGGUAUCUUCAAAAGCCGAGACUGUCAGUGAAUGGAACACUUCUGAUAUAACUCUAAAGCCACGGAUUUUCUGCCUGGAGCAUGCGAUUGAAAUUGAAAAGCUAUUGAGUUCAAAAGGCGGAGCUAAUAUUCUCGUGAUAUGUCAUUCAGACUUUCAGAAAAUAAAAAGCCACGCUGCAUCCACUGCAGAGGAAAUCGGCCUUCCUUUCGGUUACACCGAAAUACCACUUGUGAAUGCCUCUCAGCAAGAUCUGAACUUAAUCGAUAUUGCUAUUGCUCAAGAAGAAAAAGCCAAUCAUGCAGAUGAAUGGACGUCACGUUUGAGCAUCAAUUUGCAGCACUGUGUGAGGGUCAAAAAGAGCACCCCUUCAAAGAACGUUCAGCAUUUAUUGGACCUUGGCGGGUUGUUUUGUGAUGCAUUGUCUCAAAUUUCAAAUGCGUCCGUCAUAAAAUGGGUGUCGAAAAAAUUGCGGUCAAAUCGUUUUUCGAAAAAAGUUCAGUCUGGUGUACAAUCUGAGGAGAUGAAAACAGGAGAAGAAGAUGAUUUUACGGCUAAGAAAGAGAUAAAAAUCAUACAUUAUACGAGAAAAAGGUUCAAGGCUCGUGCUUGUGCAGAAAAAUCGGGCCCCGAUGACAUAAUUGGUAAUUCAAGUCGAAAUUCUGAGGCAAAAGAAGUCAAGGUAGCUGAUGUAAGCUGUCAAAAUCAUGAGACUCGUUGUUAUGAGGCUUUUAACUCAAACUCUUAUGAAAUUCAAGUAAAUGAAAUCCCGAGAGAUGAAGUGAAUGAGCCUGCUCUAUCAAACUGUAUGGAUGAAAUUGAAAAUGCCUUUACUCAAUCACAGCCUGAUGAGCAGCUGGAAGAGAAAAUUAUCUCUGAACAUACAGAGACUGUAAAUGAAUCAACCUCAACAUUAAUCGAAGAACAUAAUAAAGACAAAAAUGUCUUUUUUUUCGUUGGGAAUAAAGUUGCAGAUUAUGAAAAGGCCACGGUUCAGGCUGAACGAAGUGCGAAGACUGUAAGCAAAAGGAAAAGAAGAGAAGUAGAUAUGCUUUCGUCCGAGUCUGACCAAUUCGAUUUUGGCGGUUUUAUUAGGAGCCCAUGUGAGGGUUUGAGGUCUAGAGCAAGACCAGAAAAAACGAGAAGCGGAAAAAACACAAAUCUCUCAAUCACUUCAAAGAACGAGAAGAAGCAGCUGCAAAUGGGUCGUUAUAAAUGUGAGUUAGAUAAUUGCACCAUGAGUUUCCAAACGAAACCCCAAUUAAUCCUGCACAAAGGAAAUCGAUGCCCAGUCCAAGGCUGUAGGAAAAGAUUCAACUCGCACAAAUAUGCAGUGCAGCAUGCACGUGUUCACGAUGACGACAGGCCUUUGAAAUGCACCUGGGCCGGUUGUACAAUGUCGUUUAAGUGGGCCUGGGCCCGAACCGAACAUUUAAGGCUGCAUACUGGGGAAAGGCCAUAUACGUGCAAAGUGGAUGAGUGUGGGCUUACUUUCAGGUUUAUGUCUGAUUAUAGUCGGCAUAGGCGUAAAACAGGGCAUUUUGCAGCAUGAAAAAUGUGUUUGUUGUGGGGAAGGGAAGUUCUUUUUAGUGAUCUCGAGCAAAAAGGAGCUCGAAAAUCGGCAUAAGUUAGAAAUUUGCAUGGUGAUAGUUUGUUAGGAGAACUGGGACUGAUUUGCAUUGUGUAAAGUAGGGAAAACUGUACUUUUGUUGUUCACCUUGAAAAUGUUCUUUUGUAUGUGCGAUGGAUUAGAUGGGAAAAUGUAAAAUAUUUUGUCUUUUGAAGUUUUAUUUUGUGAUUGGAGGAAUAGUAGGAAGGACUUUCUUUUAUCAUGCCUUACUUGAGAGGCCCUAAAUUAACGAUUAGUCUAUCAAGCUUUGUCUCCUCGAGAUGGCUCAUGGGGUGAUCGGAUUUUUUAGGGUUGAUGUUAAUUAGUUCCUUUUGUU